GACGCAGUUUGCUGGCAGUGAGGGCGGGGCGGGGGAGCCGAGCACCAGUGUUGGUUGGAAAAGAGGAGGAAGCAGCGAGGAUGGCGGAGGCACACCUCUGAAGGCGGAUUACCAAGACCUUGAUGACCCUUUGAGCCUGAAGGAAUUCCAAAAGUUUUGCUUAAAAGUCCUGCGAUUAUAUGCAGCUUCAACGCUGAAGCAUGUGGUCCACGGAUGCCACAGUCCAGAUUUUUUACUCACUGGCAUUUUAACAAAGGAGCAACAUUUGAAAACGUUGCGAAAUUUGCUUCUCCCGAGAAGAAUCAGAAGUGUGUGGUUUCGCACGGCGAUGUUUUCUCUGUUUUCCACACCCCUUUUUGUCCUAAAUAAGUAACCUGACGAGAAACUCAUGAGCAACUCUGCAGGAAGAUCGAUAACGUCGACAUGAGUAGUACUUUAGGCAAAGAAAAAGAUUCUAAAGAAAAGGACCCCAAAAGUGGUUCGGGAGGCAAAGAAAGGGAAAAGGAUGCCAAGGCUCUAGCUGGCCAAUUCAAGGAUGGAGGGGGCAAAGAAACCAAGACCAAAGGGAAAGAGACCAAAGAAGGUAAGAAGGACACCAGCAGCUCAACACCGGGUGUUGCCUUCUCUGUCGACAAUACGAUAAAGCGGCCUAACCCGGCACCGGGUACACGCAAGAAGUCCAGCAAUGCCGAGGUGAUUAAAGAGCUUAACAAGUGCAGGGAGGAAAAUUCCAUGAGACUGGAUCUCUCCAAACGUUCUAUUCACAUGCUGCCCACCUCCAUUAAGGAGCUGACGCAGCUGGCUGAACUCUAUCUAUACAGCAACAAGCUGCAGAGCCUACCACCUGAAGUGGGUUGCCUCUCAGGCCUGCUCACUUUGGCCUUGAGUGAGAACUCCUUGACCAGCUUGCCCGACUCACUGGACUCCCUUAAGAAGCUUCGCAUGCUUGAUCUCCGGCACAACAAGUUGAGGGAGAUCCCGCCGGUAGUCUACAGACUGACGUCGCUGGCCACGCUCUACCUACGCUUCAACCGCAUCACCACAGUGGAGAAAGACAUCCGGAACCUUUCCAAGCUCACCAUGCUCAGUAUCCGGGAGAACAAGAUCAAGCAGCUUCCCGCGGAGAUUGGGGAACUUCGCAUCCUCAUUACACUGGAUGUUGCCCAUAAUCAGCUGGAGCACUUACCCAAGGAGAUUGGAAAUUGCACACAAAUAACCAACCUAGACUUGCAGCACAAUGAGCUCUUAGACCUUCCAGAGACUAUAGGGAACCUUGCCAGCAUAAAUCGCUUGGGUCUGAGAUACAAUAGAUUAUCAGCCAUCCCCAGAUCAUUAGCCAAAUGUCGAGAACUGGAAGAGCUAAAUCUUGAAAACAAUAACAUUUCAGUGUUACCAGAGGGCCUCCUGUCAAGUUUGGUCAACCUGACUAGCCUGACAUUAGCAAGGAACUGCUUCCAGUCAUACCCAGUGGGUGGACCUUCCCAGUUCUCAACCAUCUACUCGCUCAAUAUGGAGCACAACCGCAUAAACAAGAUCCCUUUUGGAAUCUUCAUCAGGGCCAAAGUAUUAAGCAAGCUUAACAUGAAGGACAACCAGUUAACGUCUUUGCCGUUGGACUUUGGCACAUGGACCUCCAUGGUGGAGCUUAACCUAGCCACCAAUCAGCUGACCAAGAUCCCAGAGGACGUCUGUGGUCUGGUGUCUCUUGAGGUGUUAAUUUUGUCCAAUAAUCUUUUAAAAAAGUUACCGCACGGUAUCGGCAAUUUGAGAAAGCUUCGAGAGCUUGACUUGGAGGAAAACAAAUUGGAAUGCCUCCCCAAUGAAAUAGCUUAUCUCAAGGAUUUACAGAAAUUGGUGUUAACAAAUAACCAGCUGACAACAUUACCGAGAGGCAUUGGCCACCUUACCAACUUGACUCAUCUGGGUUUGGGGGAGAACCUGCUGCAACAUCUCCCCGAAGAGAUUGGCACACUGGAGAACCUGGAGGAAUUGUACCUCAACGACAACCCCAACCUGCACAGCCUGCCUUUUGAGUUGGCCUUGUGCAGCAAGUUGUCCAUCAUGAGCAUUGAAAACUGUCCCCUCAGCCAUCUGCCACCCCAGAUUGUUGGUGGGGGCCCCUCCUAUAUCAUCCAGUUCCUCAAGAUGCAGGGACCUUACCGUGCCAUGGUCUGAGGACGGAGCCCACCCUCAUGCCUGCCUGCCCCGCCCCAUUCCGUGUAUCAUACACUGUAAGAAAAUCAGCCACCCCCCCUCAAAUCAUCAGUGUGCGAUGGACGGAAAAGAGAUUCUGCAUCGCUCCACUUUAUAACAGUCAUUCUCGGACUCCAGCGCUCAUCAAUCCAUUCCGAAUCGGACAGGAGGAAAAUAUUCCCAUCUCUUUGCCAAAACUGAAGAUAUAUGGAUUUCUAUAUUGAGUAACUGUGAGCUAAGUGGCAAGUCUUUUAAUCAUACAAAACCGUGCUCCAUUUGCCAAUGUAUUUACAGUAAUUACAAACAUUGUGAGCGAGGGUACAGCUAUAUGCAAAAACAAACUAAAGUCUUUGGAUCAUCACAUUUACUGCUGCUGCCAUAACGCAAAGGUGUUAUCUUUCUUUUCAUCAUUUCCCUUUUUUUUGACACCGACCUCGCUCUUUCGAGAUGAUUACUUGUGUUCAUUUUUCUUGACCACAGAGAACAAAGGUCUAACGAUGGCGUGUUUAUACUUGUUUUGUACUUUUUUUUUCUUUUCUUUUUUUUCUAUUUUUGAAAAUAUUUUCUUUUAAACUGUGCCUAUGUUUAGAGUGAUCCAGUGGUUCAUUUCUAAACACAUAUUGUCCAUGAGAAUACAAAGACAUAAAUUAUUUCAAAAGUUUCUUUUUAUUACUGCUGUUUUUACUUUAGUGUUGGCUGUUGAAUGAAUCUAUUUAAGUGCUAUCAUAAGUUGUGGCAUAGGGCAAUUGGAGUUUUUUUUUUUAUUUUUUUUUUUUAAGCAAUAGCAGCAGUAGUUGUCAAAUGUAAAGUAAUGUAUACAUAUGAGAACCAAUCAAAAAAGCAAGUUGGACUUUUCUUAAAUGUGGCCGGCGCCAUGUGACCUUCACGCACAUCUGUUGUGUGAUAAAAAGAAACAGGUGAUGGGGAUUCACGAGAUGUUUUUAUAUAACGUAUACAAAUCCUGGUUGUUGCCUUGAGUGCAAUUUUAGUUGUUUACUUGUUUGAUAUUCUCUUCAGUGUUGGGCUGCAUAGCUGUCAUCCACUUGAUCAUUGACCAACAUAUCAAACAUUUUUAAAGGACUUCACUUGGCGAGUGUAUCAGAGCCUCAAAAAAAGGUUUGAUAAAACAUUGGCAGGUAAUCCCUCUUGACACCUUUUUAUAGUAAAAUCCUUAAUUUGUCUCUUUAAAAAAAAAUCCCUUCUAAUUUAAUUUUUUAUUAAUGAUAUUUUGUCCCACACUGUCCCAGUAAUGCUGCUGCUCUUAUGCACUUUUUUUGGAAUAAAAACAUUGGCAUCCUGUUUAACACAAACGCAGUAGCCUCUCAUUCUUUUUUUUUUUUUCUCUAAUGGGGGCAUUUUCUUUUGAGAAGUAAUUUAUCUGUAAGUUUUUAAGUUUGCAUCACUUGUAAAGAAGUGAGUUUUGCAGGCUUCGAGUAUGAAUUGACCUUUUAAGGAGGUUUUAUCCUGUCAAUGUUAAAAGGAACUUACUCUCUUCAACAGUGAAAGUUUGCAUAUCCUGCUUCUUUCUUUAUAGCAAGUGAAAUGACUUGUUCUGCUCAGCAUUUUUAUUUUAUAUCAUUGAAUGUUUUUUUUCUAAAUAUGUGUAUUCACUUAGUAUUAUUUCAAGUGACUGUACAUUAAAAAAAAAAAUACAAACAAUGGUAAUCAAACCUAACAAUUUUGUUCGUGUUUGAUCCUAGCACUGUACGUCAUUUUCCAGCAGUUCCUUUAUAGUGAGCUGAACUGAGAAGAAUCUUGAUGUGUUUAGAGGCUGUGAUCUUAGGCAUGUCCGUCACGUCGGGAAACUGAUGCACAACUGCCUUGACUGAAGAAGCAAUCAGCAUAUUGGGUGAGGAAAUAAUGUUUUGUUUAAUAAUGCUCUCUCUUGCUUGAUUUCACGUCAGGCUUUGUGGUUUAUCGUUGUUCAGGAUGUUGGAGAUUUGACAGGUUGCUCCUCAGUCCUCACAUACCGAUCACUUAGGCCUUAUUCAGACUGGUAGUCAAAAUCUGAUUUUUAGCCCAUGGAUUGAAAUGGCAGCCGUUUUUUUGUUUUUGUCUUAGUGUUUUGUACGAAAAUACAUUUUAGUCUUAGUCAUAUUUUAUCCAUCCAAGGUUGUGACCAAAGUGGUGAAGAAGUCAUAUUUUAGUCAUUUCAAAAUGUGUUUGUUGUCAUCUACUUUUAGUCAACGAAAUUUACUCAAAAUGUCUGUAAAAUUUAAAACGUUUUAACCCAAAAACAAAUGUUUCCAACAAUUUCAAAUGAACAUAGACAGAGAGGAAAUAUGUUUUCUCCACUAGAGGGCACUCAUACGGAGCCCCGAAAGGAACAUCGACAGAAAUAAAAUUAAUUUAAGCAAUCUGGUGCGCACCAGAAACUAUCUGGUAAACAUUAGCAUUAGUAUAUAGCAUUUAAGCUAGCGGACUUUUGCUAUGCAAGUUAGCCAAUAUCUGCAAUUGGCUAACUUUAUAGGGGCGCCGUACACUCAUGCUCUAUGGGCAGGUGAUGUUUUAUUUCUGAAGAUUUUUGUAUUCGGAAUUUAGAUUUUUAUGUAAUUCUCUGGCCUAUUAUAGUCACGUAAUUGGUUAUAGUACAGAAAAAAAUAGUUCAUAUAGAUGACGUAGUGCUGAGGGGAAAAAAUGCCAUUGUUUGGGGAAAAUAAAUUCCGACAUUGUAAGCAGUUACUCAUUACUUGAAUAUUUUAUUCAGCAAGCACUUUUUUACUCGUACAGUACUUGAGUAAAUUUUUGGGGUAAUUAUUAAUAAUAUUUUGAGGUAAUGCUACUUUUACUUAAGUAAAAUACUCUAUCCACCUCUGGUAGGGAGGGCGGUAUAACAGUACAUGUGCAAAAGACAAAAUUGAGUGAUUUUGUAGGGGGUGUGCUAUAAAUGAGCGUAUUACACUCAAGAAAUCACGAUAAAUACACUGGUCAACAAAAUUUGGUGCAUUGAUCCAAACGUGUUCUUAUGUAUUCUGGGGAGGUGAAUCCAAAUCUGACCUUAGUCCCCCCCUAGAUUCUUUGCAAAUUGUGAUUUAGUUUUAAAAGUGAUAUUUUUGUAACAAAAUAGGUAUAAAGCUGGCACUUUAAAAAUAACUCAACAAUUUAUAGCAAAAUAAUAUGUAAUAAUAAUUA